AUGGUCAUUGCAUCCCCUAAUGGUGGGGAGGCACCAUUGGACCCCAAAUCAGUCGAGAUGUCCGCUGAGGAUGCGGAAUCCCAGGCCUUCCUCAAGACGCAUGAGAGCCUCUGGCUGAACACGGAGAAGCUUUGUGACUGUGCGAAGAGAGUGAAUGACUUCGACGGGAUCUACUUUGUGGGCGGUCAUGGGCCAAUGUGGGAUUUGUUUGAAGACUCAGCUUCUCUGGAAAUUAUCCAGAAGUUGGCUGAAAAGAACAAAAUUGUUGCCGCGGUGUGCCACGGUCAAGCUGCUCUGGUCAAUGCCAAACUGUCUGACGGGUCAUACCUGGUGGAUGGCGCCGAGGUCACUGCCUUUUCUAACGCGGAAGAGGACUCUAUAGGCCUUACGGAAGGAAUGCCAUUUCUCUUGGAAACGGAAUUGUUGAAGCGAGGAGCCAACUACAUCAAGGCAGACGAGCAGUGGGGUGAAAAGGUUGCAAUCGGCCGUGAUGGAAAACUUAUCACCGGGCAAAACCCAGCAAGUGCUAAAGGGGUUGGUAAUGCUAUCUUGAAGACGAUAACGGAAUGA